AUGCAACGUGCGAAUAACAAUAACUUUAACGUUAACGUUCCUGUUAACGUUAACAAUCGGGCGCGAAGCGCUUCCACUGACUCGACGUGGACUCUCACGCCUCCACAGUCACGCAUCCCAUUGAGCUCCAGCGCCAGUACCAUAACUGAACCUAAGGAGUGGUUCUUCAAGAUUCCCAUUCACCCUGCACGCAGUGCUCGCGCCCCGAUUUCGGCCAACAUGAACAAAGACGGCUGCUUCACCCACGUGCACAUGCACAAGUCCAUGCAUGCGGACCUCUUCGAGGAGUUCUGCAAGGACAAGCUGCCCCACGACGACAUCUAUGUGCCCCCCGAUCUGCAGCCCAUCAACCCGGAGGAGGAAGACGACGUGGUGCCGGACCAGCAUGCCGCUUAUGGAGUGCAGAAGGCCACGCAGAAGGCUCGCGAGCCGGCCUGGAAGGACCUGGGCCUUUCGGAGCUGUUGGCGCGUGGACCGACCGCUGGUUCCGUGCCGAAGCGCUUGCCUGGAGGUAGAAGGAGGGGUGGUGGUGCUGGUACUGGGAGCCAGUAUCAGGGCUUGCCGCGUUGA